AUUUCCCAGGGUCCAGGAAUCAUUCCACAUUGCUGGUGCCAAGAGAGAAGAAGCCCAAUUCUAAAACUUUACCCCCCUGAGAUGGGAACAGAACAUUUUCUCAUUUUCAUUUUUGCAGCAGGGUUUGUACAGGGUGCCAGGGAAUCUCUGGAAAUUAUUCCUAUAAAUGGGAAUGUGGAAUUGAACACACAGAGAUAUUUUUUGUGCAAAGUGAGAGGAGGAGGGGAAGCCACUCUGACUUGGACUGAUCCAGAAAAUAAUGAGAUUGAAGAGGAUUCAGAACCUUACUGGGUGAAGGUGAUUGAUGAAUUGUCCAAGGGGCUGGAGAUGACCCUCUCUCGCCGAGAUCAGGGUGGGGUCUUCAAGUGCCAUGGAGAAUUUGAGUCUGGAAAAACAGCCACUGAACAAAUUGAAAUCCAUGUGAUCCAGAAGCCUACAUUUGUGGACACAAUGGAUCUUGUGAAGGAAGUUCAUGAGGGCCAAAAUGUAGAAUUCAACUGCCUGGCCAAAGGGAUCCCACCACCAACUAUUAGAUGGAUCUUUGGAAACCAGGACACCAGGACUGGGGAGAGGGAAAUCUUUGUUGAAAAUGGGAGACUGAUGAUAGAGAACACCCAAUCAUCAGAUGCUGGUAUUUACAUUUGCGAGGCAGUCAUUGAAGAACGGAAUGAAGUCGCUUUUGCAAACUUCACACUCAACAUUAAAUUUGCUCCUAAGAUAGAGCUUCUUACAAGUGAACCUUUGGUCACGCAGUUUGGGAAUCCCAUCCAAGUCAACUUCACCAUCCUGGCCUACCCUUCACCUUCUGUCUCCAUUGCUUGGAAGGAGAAGAUUUUUGAAGAAGAUGCCAUAAAAAAGAUAGAGCAGGACGCAAACAGAUAUCUGGUCUUCUUUGAGGUUACACCAACAUCACCAGGGGACAUUUCAGAACUCCUUAUAAUUGCUGCUAAUGAACUAGGCACCACGAAGAAGAACAUUUAUUUUGCCAAAGACAGAGGUUUAGGAUGGGGCGGCAUCUUGGCAAUUGUGUUGGCAAUUCUGGUGUUCCUGUUGCUGGUGGAUGUCUUGUGCUAUCACAAGCGCCGGUGUGGCUUGUUAAUGUUCUGCAGAAACAAUAUUCUGGGCAAAAGUUCUGCACCGGGAGCUGAGAACAACGGGUGA